UGGAUUGAAGCGGGAGUUGAUUAUUAAGAAUUACUCUAGUCUCGAACAUACUGGCACAGUGCGUGAACCAAUAAAAUACUUCCUAGGUUCCUCGUGUCCAGAUCGAAUGCAUCUAGUUUUAAUUCUUUAAAUGAAUUAACUAUCGUCACAGGGUUUCUUUCGAGCAACUCUAAAUUCAAUAAGUGGAUAAGUGGACGUUAAACCGAUAUGUUCCAAAGCCUGGAUCUCAAACAAAUUUUCUUCUAUAGAUACAACAAUGAAACACUUACAGAAAAAGAUUGUGAAAAGCCAAAACCAAGGAUCAAAUGGAAAAAUCCCCGAGCUCUUCCGAACCAACCGUACCUGCCAACCUAUAUUGAACAGAUUGCAAAUGUGAUAACACAUGGUAUCUGGGUGAUACCAAGUAUUAUAGCUACUAGAGAACUCUUCCAAAGAUCUCAGAAUGAAGCUCAGAGUUUAUCAGCUUUAAUUUAUGGAUCUACACUCAUCUUCCUCUUCGUUAUAUCUACCUCAUUCCAUUAUGUGUUCUUCUAUAAAAAAAAUAAAUCUCUUGUUAAUUUCCUCCAUCGAUGUGAUAGAGCAGUGAUCUACAUUUUCAUAGCAGGAUCUUAUUUUCCAUGGUUGACAGUCCAUGCUUUGAAAACAAAUAUGGCUUCUGGAAUGAAAAUGUAUGUUUGGAUUCUGGCUCUACUAGGAAUCAUCUACCAACAAGUCUUCCAUGAAAAGUACAAAACAUUAGAGAUUGUGUUAUAUUUAGCAAUGGGAUUUGUACCAGCAUCGGCUAUUUGUAUGGCGGAGACUCUUCCUGCUGUUGAAGAAUUGUUACUUGGAGGCAUUCUCUACGUAACAGGAGUGAUCUUUUUCAAAUGUGAUGGUAUCAUACCUUUUGCUCAUGCCAUAUGGCAUAUGUUUGUCGCAUUUGCGGCAAUGACACAUUAUUAUGCUAUUUUGAAUUACCUUUUUCCUCUCAAUCAUGCUAUGGACAUUACACCUGAUAGUAUUAAAUGAAAAGAUGUGUUCAUUUGAAUUUAGAAAAUAUAAAGAUGAAAUAUAAAGUGUGUAACCAACCCUGUUGGAAUAAAUACUAAAAAUGUU